CGCUCCGGGCCAUCUCGCCGGACUCACGGAAGCCGAAGCCCCACACACGGCGCCUCCACCUCCCGGGCGUUAUCCCGAAUCUCGGUAAGGAUGAUAGCGCGCACUGAACUAGGCAGGAGCCAAGCAAUCCGUCUCUUCCCCCUGUCGCCUAUCGCCUGUCGAGCAUCCCAACCCACCGUAUCCGUCACCAGUAGCACCGGUCGCAUAAACGGAGGACAGACAGACAGACAGCCGGCCCCCGCGAUAACGGCUCCUUUCUUCCUUCAUCCACGGCAGUCUUCGUCUCCCGCCCUCACACCACCCCCGUAGACCUGACCCGCCGAUUCUCGCGCAUCGUUGACACGGCCACCGACGACCGUGAUGCUAGCCCGUCUGUCUCUCGUCCUCGCGACGCUCCUCGCGACCGCCGCCGCGAUAAGCGUCGCCGUCUCCGCCGAACACGCUGCCAGCGGCGUCGCGACCGACAUCGACGUUGGUUUCGACGCGCAGAAGCAUCCCUUCGUCUACGAUCUGCCCACGACCUCCUACUCCGACCCUCCCAACGAAAAGGACGGCAUCCCAGCCGCGGCGUUCGACGGCACGAGACCCGAUAUGAGCUAUGGCGCUGCCGUCGCCGCAAGGCCGAGGAGCACGACGCAGUCAUCGGCGGGGAGGAGGAGGGCGCGGCCGCCCGGCCCCGAGGCCGCGAGGUAUCGGGGUCUCGUGCUGACGACGAUCCUUGUGUGUCUCGUCGCGUUCGGCAUCGGGACGAUCCUCGGCUGGAUCUGGCCCGACGGGCUGAGGUCGGAGUGGUAGCAGCGUGGGUUGUCGCUCAGCAGCAGUCUAAGAGCGAGAAUGGACGCGUGUGUCUGUAUACUUACUUAUGUGUGUGUUUGUGCGUUCCUGUAUGUUUUUACCACAACACUCUCCGGCCGUCUUGUCUAGGCGCUCAAUGGGCCAGACCCUAACGUGUUGGCAACGAAUAAAACCAACGAAACCAAACAGUUUCUCCUUUUCCUACUCUCUCUUAUCGAUUUGACCUUCUUCUGCGCGUAACC